AUGGAAGUAAAUCACGAGACAAACGCAUCGAGCCAUGUGGACGAGGAUGCCGACGCAGUGGAGGCAGUGAUGAAGGAUCGCAGCCUGCUGGAAGCAAAACAACGAGCGUACGACGAGCACCAUCAGCAUCAGAAUCAGAUAAUCGAAGCGGAAGCAUCAGAUGCUUCUGAUGCGGAAAGCUUCUUAGAAGACCUCCUGGCAUUCAAUCAAGGAACGACGGACGACAAAGCAUCAGCUACGGACAAGGCCAAUGGCGAAAAAAUGGUUGGGAAUGCCUACCAAAAGACUGCUGUUAUCCCACUACCUGGUGCUGUUUCAGUAGCCUCCGGCAAAGAAGGAUGGGGCGGUGAUGGAGGGAAGAAUCUCCCCAAUAUCACCAAGAAAGAAACUGAUAAAAGCAACAACGAAAGCAGCGGAGGUGCUCUGACCAGAAAUGGGGCCCAAGAAGCCACAGCUGAAACCACUCCAAAACCACCUGCGCCAGAGGAGCUCCAACGUCGUCCAAACGUCGUUGCCAACAGCAGGCCCGGAGCAUAUAGUUACACCCCCGAUCAGGGUCUGCAACGAUCUUCAACCCUUACUGUUGCAAUGGGCGCUGGUCCUCCUGAACCUCCUGAAGAGGAGAUCGAAGCAGGACACGCUGGUAGCGGUACCGACGCGGUCCAGGCUGGUACACGUAGCAGGGAUAACUUUGAACCAAACAAUGGCGAACCAAACAACAACUUAGUUGAGGCUACACCGGUCACCGAAGACGACCAACUCCCCGCUGGCAAUUUGGGAGCUGCCAGGCAAGUGGACCUGGAAGAAGAAAGGCACAAGGCUGAGGCACGGAAACAAGAACAGAAGAAGUUCUUCAUAGGAGUGGCACUCUUGGUACUUCUUGAGAUAGGAUUGUUGUCCAACAGCCUCAAAUCCAUUUACCUAUAUGAAAAUCCCUUGUCUGGGGCUUUCCCGAGUGAGCUUGGGCUUUUAACUUCCAUGACACAAAUGGACAUUACAUAUACCCAUAUCUCUUCUACGAUUCCCAGUGAACUCUUUUUGAUGACCAACAUGGAAAGUUUGUAUCUGGCCCACAACUAUCUGGUGGGGACCAUACCUCCUGAAAUUGGCUUGAUGACGAAAAUGGCAGCUUUUUGGAUUAAUAACAACACCCUCACUGGCUCAAUUCCAAGCCAGUUUGGCAUGCUCACUGACAUGAGUUCUGUUGGGCUUCACCAAAACUCCUUAUCUGGCAGUUUGCCCAGUGAGCUUGGAAGACUGACAAAUGUGAAUCAAAUGUCCUUGAGGCAAAACAGGUUCUCCGGAUUGAUGCCUUUGGCAUUGUGCCCGUGGGACUGCCAGGAAAAGAUUUCUCCUUUUCCAGCUGAAGGAUUCUUGGGGAGAGAAACUGCUGUCUCUUCAGAUGACUGCAAUUGCACAGUGGGAGAAGCCUUUCCAUUGCCCAACGCCACCAAUGAAGUCACCAUCAAUGUUCAAUUUGAUGGAUGGCCUGAGGAAACAUCUUUUUCAUUCAAAGAGUUGGAUGGCAAGCAAAAUUGGGUGCCAAAAUUAUCUGUGACUGGCUCUACAGAUGACUCUUGGAAUUUGGUCAGCUACAAGGAGAAAUCCUUGACCUCCAACACCUUGUUUCACUUUUAUAUCUCUGAUAUAUGGGCUGAUGGCAUUUGUUGUGGUGGAGGAGUUUCCAUAACCAAUGGUACAAAACCUGUUGAACUCAUUGGCACAGCCUAUGAAGAGUAUCAGGGCACCAUAGUUUGGAGCGCCCAGGGGUAUGAUGAAUUUGAAGCUUCAGCAGAGGUUUAUCUUUGGGUGGAUUCCAAUGGCCAUGUUGCAGUCGUGACCGAAGAGGAAGGCAAGAACCUCACUGCCACUAUCGCCCACGGUGGGUAG